AUGCCCAACUGCACCACUGUAACCGAGUUCCUCCUCCUGGGCUUCUCUGACACUCGGGAGCUGCAGAUCUUACACUUUGUCAUCUUUCUCACAGCAUACCUGGCAGCGCUGGUGGGGAACCUCCUUGUUAUCACUGUUGUAACUACGGACCACCACCUCCACAGCCCCAUGUACUAUUUUUUGGCAAAUUUGUCCAUCCUUGACCUCGGAUCCAUCUCUGUCAUUGUCCCCAAGUCCAUGGCCAAUUCACUCUCAAACACCAGGACAAUUUCCUAUGCUGGGUGUGUGUCCCAGGUCUUUUACUUGUUCCUUUUUUGUACAGCUGGUUUUGCACUCCUAACUAUCAUGGCAUAUGACCGGUACAUUGCCAUCUGCAAGCCACUGCAUUAUGACAUAAUAAUAAACAGGAGAGCUUGCAUCCAGAUGGCUGCCAGUGCCUGGGUUGUUGGUGCCAUCUACUCUGCAAUGCACACUGGGAACAUCUUUAGUCUACCCUUCUGCCACUCAAAUAUCAUCAACCAGUUCUUCUGUGAAGUGCCCCAGCUACUCAAGCUCUCCUGCUCUGACACAUACCGCAGAGAGCUGGCUGCUCUUGGCUUCAGUGUGUUUUUAUUUCUAGGCUGUUUUGUUUUCAUCAUUGUGUCAUAUGUUCAGAUCUUCACUGCGGUGUGGAGAAUCCCCUCGGAGCAGGGCCGGCAGAAAGCCUUCUCCACCUGCAUUCCUCACCUGAUUGUGGUCUCCCUGUUUCUUUCCACUGGUGGCAUUACCUACUUGAAGCCCAUCUCGGACUCCCCGUCCCCUCUGGAUCUCCUGGCAGCUGUACUGUAUUCUGUGAUACCUCCACUGAUGAAUCCGGUCAUCUACAGCAUAAGGAACAAGGAGAUCCAAGCUGCCCUCAAGCAACUUCUCCUUUCAAACAAGGUGACACUUAGGAUGGUGUCUAUGCUUAUGCAGUAUAUACCAGGGAAGGGGAAAGAGGGGUGUUUUAGCAGUUUAUUGACCAGCGUCUUAGUGUUUUCACAAGUGCUGUGUUCAGUGUGCCUCAUCUUGAUGUUUCCUCAGCUUCUUGCUUUUCCUGUUGUUGCUAUUAAGAAUCAAAUACAAAAUGCCACACUCUGGUCUGCCAACCUGUACAGGGGGUAG